AUGAAGACGGCCGCCCGUCUCUUUUAUCUUUCAGUCUUUGCGCUCUGGAGCCCAGAAGUGCAAUGCCAAAACUCACAACCUUCGGCAUCACCACCAGCGCCACCUCAAGAUGCUUGCGCGAUAUCGCCAAAAGCUAUCGUGAGCGACGCCUGUGCCUCGUACUCGACGCUCGAGCGGCUCAAUCGCAAUGUCAAGCCGGCCCUUGACGAGCUCACCCAGACGACGGACUUCUUCAGUCACUACCGGGUGAAUUUAUUUCACAAGAAGUGCCCGUUUUGGAAUGACGAGAAUGGCAUGUGCGGGAACAUUGCCUGCGCGGUAGAGACGCUGGAUAACGAGGAGGAUAUCCCGCCAGUGUGGAGGGCUAAAGAGCUCGGAAAGCUCGAGGGCCCGAGGGCGCAACAUCCUGGCAAGGCGGUUCAAAAACAAGAGCCAGUACGACCGCUGAAGGGGAAGUUGGGUGAGGGGGUUGGGGAGAGUUGUGUGGUUGAAUACGACGACGAGUGUGACGACAGAGAUUACUGCGUUCCCGAAGACGAGAGCGCUACGUCCAAGGGGGAUUAUGUGAGCUUGCUGCGGAAUCCCGAGAGGUUUACUGGGUAUGCUGGCGAUGGCGCCAAGCAGGUGUGGGAUGCGGUAUACCGAGAGAACUGCUUCCAGAGAAGCUCUUUUCCCCAUUAUGCGGCGCUUGGAAAGGAUACCUCGGCUCGUGGACCAGCGGCGAUGGAUUUCAAGGCUGUUCUUGACGCUGCUGGGCGCCAGCAUGUUCUUGAGCAAACCAGGGAGCACAACCCCCUCACCCCGUUCGUUGCCAACACCGGUCUCGAAGCCGAGGACGAAUGUCUCGAGAAGCGUGUCUUUUACAGAGUCAUGUCUGGCAUGCACGCGAGUAUCUCGACCCAUCUCUGCUGGGACUUUCUCAACCAAACCACCGGUCAAUGGCAACCCAAUCUCGCCUGCUACAAGGCUCGUUUACACCAGUUCCCGGACCGCAUCAGCAAUCUCUAUUUUAACUACGCCCUCCUUUCCCGCGCCAUCGCCAAACUCGGCCCCUAUCUCACCGCCGAGCAGGGCUACACCUUUUGCACGGGCGAACCGGCUCAGGACGCCGAGACGCGUGAGAAGGUCUUGGCUGUCACCACCAAGGCCGCGAGCGUGCCUCAAAUCUUUGACGAGAGCCUCAUGUUCAAGAAUGGAGAAGGCCCUUCGCUCAAAGAGGACUUCCGCAACCGCUUCAGGAAUGUCAGCCGCCUGAUGGACUGUGUCGGGUGCGACAAGUGCCGACUGUGGGGCAAGCUGCAGACGGCUGGGUACGGAACUGCGCUGAAGGUGUUGUUCGAGUUUGACAAUAACGACCACCCGCAGGUUCCGGUGUUGAAGCGGACGGAAUUGGUGGCGCUUUUCAACACGUAUGCCAGGUUGAGCAGCUCGAUGAGCGCUAUUCAAAAGUUUAGAGGGAUGGUUGAGGCAGAGGAUAACAAGGGGGCUAAGAAGGUGGUUGUGAACAAGAUUCUGAGUGUGGGCCCUAUCAAGAAGGCGCUGGAUGAGCAGGAUGUGGAUGAGGUGGAGACCAAGAGAGAGGAGAGGAUCCGCCGGGAGCCAAAGUCGAGUUCGGAGGCCAUGGCGGAGGAGUGGGAGAAUAUCAAGAAGGUGACGAUGUUUGUGUUAAAGGGGUGGAUCAGUUUCCCUGCCAAGGCUUGGGUUGUCCUUUCUCAAGAGGCUGCGCGCUUUUUGCAGUUUUUCCUGGGCUUGCCGGUGACUCCAAGGACGUGGACGUUGGAAUUCCCUAGAGUGGACGAGCUCUAG